AAUUACCUUCUUUGGACAUCGUAUACGGAGCAUUUCUACCAUGACACAAAUCUUAUGGGUAAAUCUGGAAAUUUGACAAGUCGCCCACGAUCGACGUGACGCCACUUCCGGCCCAAAGACUUUAUUCGGCAUCCAAGAACCUUAUCUGAUCACAGCAAGAGAUCCAAAUCGGCUUGAUAAUCACGAGGGUGGGACACUGUAGGACGAAAGAUGGUUUUCUGUGGCAAGCCCAGUGGAGGCUGCCAUGCUUGCCGAGAAAGGAAAACCAAGUGUGAUCAAGUCCUCCCAGGUUGUACUCAAUGUAAACGUGCGAAACGUUUAUGUCCAGGAUACCGUGUACCGGGCGAUCUGAUCUUCCGGAAUGAGAGCUCCAACGUUAUCCGGAAGUUCAAAGCAAAGGAAGCAAAACAAAAAGAAGCAGCGAAAACCUUAACAACUCCACCAGUCUCAGAAGAUGAAUCAAAUGUGGAAGAUGCAUCACUGGAAGUCGCUCAACAGCAAGAUAGACAACUCGAUGUGUUCUCACUUGCCCCUUCUCUGGAAGACCGAGCUACAGGGUUCUUUGUAGCAAAUUACGUUCUGGGCAUGUCCGGUCCCUCCCGAGGACAUCUCGACUAUAUUGCCGAUGUUUCUAGGACACAGAUAAUGGAUGACAGCUUGGUCUCCAGCAUGAAAGCCGUGGGCCUGGCUGGUUUUGCGCAUGCGGAACAUGCUCCUUCGCUCAUGAAGAACGCCAGAUACCAGUAUGUGCGUGCAUUAAAGUCCACUAAUGCAGCCCUACGAGAUCCAGUGGAGGCCAAGAAGGAUACCACGUUAUUGGCUAUAAUGAUCUUGGGCAUCUUCGAAACUAUAACCGGCUGCACGACCCGCUCAUUGAGGGAUUGGGCUCGGCACGUGAAUGGCGCUGCAGCUGUCAUCAAGCUUCGAGGCCCUGAUCAGAUAAAGACGCCACAUGGUCGGAGGAUGUUAAUUCAAGUGACAGCCAGUCUCUUGAUCAAUUGCUUACAGCGAGGUGUAGCAUUGCCGAGCCAUAUCCAAGAGUACAUGACAGCCGCAAUUAAACUUGUUGGGACCCCGGAUCCUGCAUUCGUGAUCAACGAUUGUAUGAUGCACUUUGCAAAUCUUCGGGCAUCUGUCCUGAGCGGCAAAUUGACGGAUCAGCAUGAAAUUUUAAGGCUCUCCCUAGAAUUGGAUGCGAAGCUCUUGGAUAUCGUUAUCAAUGUUCCUCCUGGUUGGGAGUAUCAGACGAUAACCACACUCGAACAAUCAGACGUUGCCUAUAAAGGACGCUAUCACCUAUACUACGAUUAUUGGAUAGCCAUGAUCUGGAAUGCCCUGCGCUCCUUACGACUUCUCAUUCAUGAGCUCAUCCGGGAUAUUCUCCUCAAAGGAUUCGCCCAACGGCCACCCACUUUUCACUCGACUGAGCACACUGCUCAGUUCCAGAUCAGUACAGAUACUUUAUACCAGCAUCAAGAGGAAAUCCUGCUCAGUGCUGCGCAACACAUGAACAAUUUCCCCAAGGCGCAAGACCUCUCGGUUUACAAAUCUGUGACUUCUAUUCCGCUGAUAGCUUACAAUGAGUUACAUGCACCUCUAAGAAUGUCAGGAGGCUCGUUUUUGAUCUGGCCGCUUUGGCACGCUGGCAUCCUAGACAUUUCCACUGAGGAAGUGCGAAGGUUUGCGAUCAAAAACUUGAAUUUCAUUGGAGAUACGAUGGGAAUUCAGCAGGCGUUUGUUCUAGCUAAAAGUGUGGAGGAAAGAUUGGAUAUUGAGGUGUGGAAAGAAGGAGAUCCGCCUCAUUCGAAUCCUGAUUACACAUUUGACACCGAAGUUAAUGGAUGAUGCUCAAUAUGGAGGGGAGAUGUUGACAUGCAUCCAGAGAGUCCAAGAUGAUAUGCGAGAAAGGCAUCGCUUCGGCUUUUUUCACUGUCGCAAGGCAUGAGCUUUGUCUCAAGGAUGUCUCUGGCUGCAGAAGAUGCAACGAGAAGAGAUUCAUAAACCAUGUGUCCAUGAGUCUGUAUGAUGCUGAUAAAGAGUCAAGUCAUGAGACGAAGAGGGUCAUUCCAACGAGGAACGAUUCUGUGAACAACGAAACAGAGUAUAGGUUUGUUGGAGAGGUAACUACUGCAACAGACGCGUUAUGACAGAGUUUUCUGUUAUUCAUCUUGAACAUAAACAACUAGAUAUUUUAACAUAAUGUCCCCAUUUAUUACCAAAU